GCUGUGCUCGGUUACUGCAAGACUCCAACUGCCAGCUACCGUCUUACCCAAACGUCCCAUUCCCCAACGUUUGAGAACCUUUAUCUCCUCAAAUGAAUGUCAAUAUAAGAACUCAGAUCAAUGUGGUGGAAUCCAUAGGCAGUAUCCGCUGCCAGGAUCAACGCUUCCAGGAUGACAGUGAAAAUAUGUUUUCGGUUUUCAGCGUCAUCGUGCGAGAUCAUACUGGUUCACGAACCCUACUUCGUUAUCUGCCCGACUUUGUUGAACUUCAGUGCAAGAUCAAAGAAACUUAUGGAGAUGUCAAAAUUCCUUUUCCCCACUUUGUUACGUUUUCAGUCAGCCGACAAACGCAAACCGGAAUUCGUCGUAUGUUACAUGCUCUUUCGCAGUUUACAGCGAAAUCAAAUGCAGAAAAGGCAGAGCAUUAUCUACAACGAUGUCUUUUGGAUGGCGUUAUUGGCAGGUCGUCUAUUUUACGAGAUUUCCUCUCUCCUCAACGAGAAGAGGACAUUUUUACACCUACCACUGCGAGCUCACCAGUACCAGAACCGCAGUCUCCUUUGCCUAUCGAUGUAGACAAUUCUGAGGAGGAAGCUGUUGUGCCCGAGGAUGCUCUCUUUGAAGAUAUUUCAAGCUUUUCUUUGGGUUCCCCAGGUUUAUCAAGCAAUUAUUCACAUGUCGAUAGCACAGAAAACGAUGCUCUUGACGUUUCAGCAACCGAUGAGCAGCACGGUGCCUUCGACAAUAUGUCUUUUUCCCACAUGUCAACUAUCAGCGACCUUAGCCAACAAAUUGAAGAGUUAGGAAAGAGCGUCAUCGAUGAAUACGACCUGCUAAAAGUUCUUGGUAAAGGAUGCAUGGGAAAAGUUUUGUUGGUUCGCCAUACUCGAAAAAAGCAAACAUUUGCUUUGAAAGCGAUUGCAAAAGAAACUGUUCUAACUUUGAGAGAGAUUGCGCAUACUCAUUCAGAGCGAGACAUAUUGGUUGAAUUGGCCAUGUUUAGUCACCCAUUCUUGAUCAAGCUGCAUCAUGCGUUCCAGGACCCGCUAUACUUGUUUCUGGUUCUGGAUUAUCAUAAUGGCGGCGAUAUUGCCAAUCAAAUGAGUCUUCGAGGUGUCUUUUCGCCUGAGCGAACACUUUUCUAUGCAGCCGAGAUUGUUGAAGGUUUGGGAGAAUUGCAUCGCCGAGGUAUUAUGUACCGCGAUUUGAAGCCAGAGAAUAUUCUCCUCAGCUCCAGCGGCCACGUUGUUUUGACCGAUUUCGGUUUAAGCAAGUCUUUCACUUUGGAUGAACUUGCUAGCCAGCCAAUGUCGGCCACAUUCUGUGGAACUGCUGAGUACUUGGCUCCAGAAAUGCUUCUGAACGAACCACACUCUUUCACCGUCGAUUAUUGGAGUUUGGGAACGAUUUUAUAUGAGAUGCUAGUCGGCUGUACGCCAUUUUACGCACAGACUACGUCCCUCAUGUAUCAUCGCAUUCUGGAAGAUGAGUUAGUUAUUCCCGAAUACUUGGACAUGGAUACCGACGACUUCCUUAGUGGCUUACUCACCAAAGAUCAAUUCUUUCGGCUCGGAUCUUGUGGCAUUGAAGAAAUCAAAAGCCAUCCCUACUUCAAGAAUAUAUCGUGGAGUGACGUUGUUGAACUGAAGAUGGAACCCCCAUUUGUACCUACCAAUGAUUUUAAUAAUGACCUUUUCAAUGUUGACGAAGCAUUCUUGAAGAUGACGCCUCGCCUCAGCACAUGUGCUGGAAUAGAUGAUGAGCUACGACCAGAAUUCGAUGAACUGUUUCAAGAUUACAAUUACAUUUCAACCAUUGAGUCUCCUGCUAUGGAUACAAACGUUCCUGAACAGACCAACAAGCCUGUUAUUCUUCGUACGCCUACCGAAAGCUUAUUCUCGCCUGAAUGUCAAAGCGGCACUAAAGAUUCCGCUUCGGUCACAUCAUUCUUGAGAAAGAGUGGUGGAAAGAAACGUAGCAGUGUUGACAUGCUCUCUGAUUCAUCUUACAAUUCCAACAGCCCAGCUCUAGAUCCAACUUAUCAUAACGAACAUCGUCCAUCCAAGCGGCACCACAGCGAAUCAUUUGAUACCGCAUGUAGCAUGGAUGUCGAAGAUUCCUCUGCAACUGAUCAAACGAUUGAUACCAAAGUUGAACCGCAUUCGACACAAGCAUCGACCCGUUGUCAUGUCCCUGCUCUAACCUCUGAAUCAAAAUACAGUAACGCUCCCCUACCGAAGGUGUCUGGCUUCAAGACGGUCUUCACUCGCCAUCUGAAAGCUUACAGUAUAUUUUACCGUGCCAAACAUUUCUUUGCCCAUUUUCAUCGCGGAUAGGCUCCAUUUCCUUUCAAAGUACUCGUAAAAGAUUCAAAAACACCAGAAAAAAACCCAAAAACAAGAAAAAAGACCCAAAUCAAACGAAAUCGAUACCAGACGAAACCAAACAAAGAAACCGAAACGAACCCAAAAGACGAAGUAGCAGUGUUUGAUCACUGGUUUACACAGCUAUUCUUAUGACUCUUCUAUGCUUCAUCAU